GCUCAAUUUUGCUCUCUUUGCUCAGUUUCAGGGGCCAAAGGUUAGGUUUUUGGUUACAUAAAAAUCUCCAAUUUGUACAAUUUCCAGCUUGAAAAUGUUCAAGAACGCUGUUGCUCUUGUAACUGGAGGUGCUUCCGGAUUGGGAAGAGCUACAGUGGAAAGAUUUGCCAAAUCCGGUGGCAGGGUUGUCCUGUGUGACCUGGGGACGUCUAAGGGGCAGGAUGUGUCGAAGGAACUGGGCAGCAAUGUCGUCUUUGUGCCAGUUGAUGUGACUUCCGAGGGAGAUGUCACUAAGGCUCUUGGAGUGGCCAAGGAGAAGUUCGGCAGGCUCGAUGUCGCUGUAAAUUGUGCAGGAACUGCCGUGGCGUUCAAAACUUUCAAUUUCAACAAGAAAGUUGCCCACAAACUGGAAGAUUUCGCCAGAGUCCUCACAGUCAACACCGUGGGCACUUUCAACGUCAUCCGCCUGUCUGCUGGGCUGAUGGGAGAGAAUGAGCCCAAUGCCGAUGGGCAACGUGGAGUGAUUGUCAAUACAGCUUCCGUGGCAGCCUACGAUGGACAGAUUGGCCAGGCAGCCUAUUCGGCUUCCAAGGGAGCUGUCGUGGGCAUGACUCUGCCCAUUGCUCGAGAUCUCAGCACUCACGGCAUCCGUGUGGUCACCAUUGCUCCUGGCCUCUUCGAUACUCCGAUGCUGCAGGCGCUUCCGGAAAAAGUGAGGGCUUUCCUGGCCAAAACUGUACCCUUCCCGCAGCGCCUGGGCAAUCCGUCAGAGUACGCUCAACUUGUGGAGAGCAUCGUGGACAAUCCACUGCUGAACGGCGAAACCAUUCGCCUGGAUGGGGCCCUCAGAAUGAUGCCCUAGAAAUGAAUCUUCCUAGAAAACCAGAAAGUGCAUUUAUUCGGAACGUGGAAGCCAAUUUGUUAUUAUUUUUUGCAUUUAUCACAAUAGGUGAAGGAAUUUCAUUCGAAUAAAAAGUUUUACAGCAA